AGGAACUUGUAGUCCAGGUAGUAUGCAGACCAUCCUGGUACUUGCUCUGACUGAAUUUGUUUUCCAAACUGCCCGCUGCUAUAUGUCGACCCUGAUGGUGACUUUCAGCGCUCAAGUCGUCGUGGACGAUAGAAAUCUGGGUUAGCAGGAGUGGAUAAGGGAGAGUGUUGAGAGAAGAGGGCAAAAUUCAUUAUGGCCCAUCCAAAGCAGUCACCUCCAGUUUCCGACGUUCUGCAUUUCUUCGAAUUCGUACACGUGCCAAAAAUGCAUGAAAAAAAAAUUGUGAUACACAUUGAACACGUCCCUGUGAAGAGCCAAAAAAACUGGGAUCGAUUGGAUAGUCUAUAGAUCUACUGAGCACAUCGUAUCGAUUAUACAAAACCAGCUAGUAUCAUGACUAAAGCCCAUGUAUUUAAAAUCUGCAUGAAAGCAC